CUCCUUUUCUACGCUUGUAGUUUGGUUUCCUUUUCGACAACAAAUGCCAAAGGUUACCCCUCACACCGAAGGAAGUUUAAGUGUAAAAGAUUACCUCCCUGCUCCUGAUUCAACCAUGAAUUCCGAGCAUAACAAGGCUAAGGUUGAUGUUAAAGGAAACCUUAAUGGUUUGCAUGCCAGACAAGAUCAAGUUAAAACGUACGUUACUGGAAAUCUUACUUCAGAACCAGAAAAUGGAGACCAAAUAUCCUCAAAUAUUGGAGAACCUGACCCGCCCGUUUUGUCUGCAGAAGGUCAGAAUGACGGAGUGCAGAUAGAAGAAGCAACUGAAACAGAUCCUUCUAGAUCUGCAAUGUCAAAGUUGGCCAUUACAGUUGACAACAUGGAUAUAGCUUUUUUGACAGGCUCUUGUAAUUUUGACCGUCAAGAUGGGGUUAAAGAAGCUCCAUUAAAAAUGGAACAUGCACAGUCGGCAGUUUAUUCCAUCACAACCGGUAGAAAACCACCACUUGGGCGCUCUACAAGUACUUACCAAGAUGAAGAGGGGAAUAAAAAAGAGAGGAGGAUGCCUCAUGUUCCUCAGAGAUCAUAUUCUUCUGGAAGUUCCAAUGGAGUUCAAUCCGAAAGGGAAACAGAAGAUUUGCUGUUAGCCGCAAUAGAGAGGAUGCCUCCUAAGAGAUCAGAUUCUUCUGGUAGUUUUGAUGAAGAGCGUUUCCCUGAUGUACCUGUGGGAUCAGAUUCUUCGAGUAGUUCAGAUGAAGAUUCAGAAACAGCUUCUUCCGGUGAAGAGACAACUGGGAAUCCAUACAACUACUGCAAUAUUGCAGUUCUCCUCCUGAUAUUUCAGCUCUAUUUUGCAAUACCUGGAUCUGCAUGUAACCAGUGGAUCGAUAAAUUGAAGUUAAAGAAUCAUACAAAUCUAAGGACCAUUUUAAAGAAACAGCCCUGGAUAUCAGUGAUCAUGUUUUUCCUCAGUGGCAAUACACAAAUAAAGAAUAAAGACUGCUUUGGAAACCCCUUUAAAAGAUUUCUGAACUUCGCCAAAAGAGACCACCUGUUGGAAUAUCAGCAAUGCUUUCCAGAGCUUGAAAAAACAUCAUCAACACCACAUUACAAUAUUAAUGCAAUGAUUCGUAAAAAAUUAAAAGAAGGAAAAUGUUCCUUACAAGAAGCAGUCAACUGGGUUUUGAAUGGGAAUGGUAGACCUCCACCAUACAGUCUCUCGGAAACACCUCCUUUGCUGCUAUUCUAUCUGUAUGGCGUAACAGAGAAAUCAUCACAAUUACCACUCACGCUGGACUACAAGGGGAAAGGAGGUUCAACAUUGAAAUACAAACUAGCUGGUGUGAUAUUUCAUAGAUCAGGAGGUGAAGAUCACUACGUCGUCAGAGCGUAUGACCCAGAACGAAAGAAAUGGCGCUAUAAUACUGAUGCUGAUGGUGGCUGGGAGGAAGAUCGUGGUGAUCCAAUGACGGAUACUAAACAUGAGUUCACUUUGUCAGCAGCUGUUUAUAUCAUAGCAGAUCCACCAGAAAGUGAUCAAAGCUCUAGCAACAACUCCACAGAUAUUCAUUUGGCUAAUAACCUAGAGUAUCUCAAACCACUCGCGUAACAAGAUUAAGAAUAACCUUGGGUCACAUUUUCAAGCUGUGUAUUUCUAACUUCCAUAAACUGGCAUCAUAUUAACCUACAUGAUGAAAGCCUUACACCUCUGAAAAAAUCAUUUGAUUACAUUGUAUUUAGCUGAUCACAAAUAACUCUCUCUCAGUAAAAUUCCUCUAAGUGAAAAAUAAUCCCACACUAACUGCAGUUGGUAUACAGUAAUAAAUGAUAUUAUUAUACCUCAUCUUUAUAACAGCGUGUCUGAUUGGAUGAGUAUCUUUAAGGAGUUGCAUGAACAAUAUUAA